AUGAAGUUCAUCACUGCUUUUCUCCCCCUCCUUGCCGGGGCAUCAGCCUCGUGCAUCUCCAGCCCUGUCGUACGCCGUGCGGCAGAUGGUCUGGUUGACAUCAACAAGUUCAACUACACCAAACUCGGCGGCCCCUUGAACUGGUACGGUCUUGAUGAUGCCAACGAGGCCUGCUCCACGGGAAGCCACCAGUCGCCCAUUGUCAUUGACAGCGCUGCCAUCGAUUAUGCUGCAUCGGGCUCCCUCAAGCUCAACCUGCCCCUGGCUGACGGCGCCAAGUUCGAGAACCUGGGGUCCGGUCUCCAGGUUUCCUUGACCAAUGGCUCCUUGGUGGCUAACAACAAGACCUACCCUCUGGCCCAGUUCCACUUCCAUACCCCCAGUGAGCACCGCGUCAACGACGAAUACUUCCCCAUGGAAGUCCACUUCGUCUUCCAAACUGCCGCCAAGGAGACCGCUGUCGUCGGCUUCUUCUUCCAGCUCUCGGAGUUCGGCUACUCCGUUCCCCUUUUCGACUCUGUUUUCGCACACAUCGAUAACAUUGCCGAUGCCGGUACUUACACCACGACUGGCGAGCUGGACUUCGAGGGCCUUCGUUCUCACUUCACUCGCCAUGGCGUCUACCAGUACACCGGUUCCCUGACCACCCCUCCCUGCACUGAGGAAGUUGUCUGGUACCUCAGCACCGAGCCUCUCCCUCUCAACGUGCAGACCUACAACAAGGUCAAGAAGAUUCUUAAGUACAACGCACGCUACACUCAGAACGCCCUGGGUGAAGACAACCUCUUGGAGGUUGCCGCCCACAAAUUGAACUGA